GUGGAUUCGUAUGCACCGUGAUCCGUGAGUACUCAAAUAUUGACCCGCCAAACCACUAGAAUAUCGCGGCAGAUUCUAGAGACUCUCCAGCUCCGGUUCGCCUGAGAUCCGACUACCUGAUGGCAACCGCGGCUCGGGCGAUCUUCAGCGAGUUGAGGGCGCAGAAACCGGCAACUCCGGUCCAGAGGUCUCGAUCCGCCGAAUCUCCCCCGGAAAAUGUGAAGAUCGUUCUGCAGCCUCGCCUCUGCACGCUCAGAUCGUACGGUUCGGAGCCCGCGGGAGUGGUCAGGAAGAGGCGGGACGGCGACGCGGGCGACGGCGUUUCGCCGUUCUUCGCUACUCUGUCGGAGUACAUCGAGAGCUCGAAGGAGAGUCAAGACUUCGAGAUCAUCUCUGGUCGACUAGCUAUGAUCAUCUUUGCAGCAACGAUGACGAUGGAGGUGGCAACAGGAAACACCUUGUUCAGGAAGAUGGAUUUACAAGGGAUUGCCGAAGCAGGCGGCGUGUGCGUGGGAGCUGUAACUUGUGCUGCAAUUUUUGCUUGGUUCUCAACUGCUCGAAAUAGGGUAGGCAGAAUCUUCACUGUUAGUUGCAAUACAUUUUUCGAUUCGCUGAUUGACCAAAUUAUUGAUGGUUUGUUUUAUGAAGGUGAGCUUAGUGAUUGGUCUGAUGAGCUUUGAGACAACCUAUAGUGUAUAUAUAUUGUUACAGAAACAGGGCAAUUAAGUUUCCAGAGAUUAGGUACUCUCUUGACACUUGUGUAAACAUGGAAAGUUAUGCACUAGAAUUCAAGAAUGUAAUUAGGUCUA